GUUUCACUAGGAAGUAGUAUUUUUAUUGCGCUCUUACGCGCCGGUAUCUGUUUUUUCUCCAUAAGCGGACCCGAAAGCGCACUGGUCAAAUAACCUAGAAAGGAAGCCAGUAUUCAGCUGAAAUGAUUUUCGAUUCGAGGAUUGUUUACUCUGUUGGCAUUUGGUGCUUGUGAUCGCCAUCUCGUCCAGGAGAUAAGGCAUUUCUGCACUUUCCCCAUCAUCUUAUCUCCACUGCCAUCUCUAUUGUCUGAAGCCGGGGGUCACGAGACGUCACGAAUUUUUUUUUUUUUAUUUCUAUUCCACAGUCAAAGUCGAUUACUCCGGAAAAAUAAUCUGACUGGUUUAUUUACACUAAACUAGACUGCAAAGAUACAGAUCUAACAUAGAUUAAAGAUAGUUUUGCAGCUCUGGCAGCUGAUUAAUGAUUGAUUCGUGAGUAAACGAAGUGAUUUGCAAGGAGGAUGUUGCAUGAAAAAAGCCACGGAAAGACACACGAGUAGCAGAAAGAGUUGGAGAGAGGACUUCAAGGCCAUCAGGACUUUUUUUGGACCUGUCAGCAUAUUACGGUACUGAAAAGUUCAGGUCUGCUAAAUCUUCCCUGUAAAACUCACAGCAACACAAAAAGGGGUGAAAAUGAUGCUGAGCCCAGAUCAGACGGAUCCCGAGCUGCCAUGGAGCCACUCGGACGCCGAAAGUGUGUUAAGUGAUAUGAAGGCUGGUUGCAUGUCCGAGGAGAUGAACACGGACGCUGAAGGGAAAGCCAAAGCUCUCACACAGCAACCGCUCACCCGCGAGGAAAAGCGACGGCGCAGACGCGCAACAGCCAAGUACCGCUCGGCGCACGCGACUCGAGAGCGCAUCCGUGUCGAGGCUUUUAACGUGGCGUUCGGUGAGCUGAGGAAGCUCCUGCCCACACUUCCACCUGACAAGAAGCUCUCCAAGAUCGAGAUCCUCAGACUGGCUAUUUGUUACAUCUCCUAUCUGAAUCAUGUACUGGACGUUUAGUCUGGAGAAUGGACACAUUUUCAAAAAAAAAAUGGAAAAAAAAAUAAAUAUUGAGAUGAAUUGUUUUCUUCAUAUAGGCUGGGUAAACUUACCUGGUUACUCGAUAACUAAUCGGCAAAGUGUUAGACAGACUUUAGGUAUUAGGCUGACUACUUUUUUGAAGGUUUUAUUUGAACGUAGAGCCGCUAUAAUGCCCCUUUAAACAUGGUGAGUGCUCCAAGAGUCGUGCGCCAUUUAAAAAACAGACUGCGGUCCCUGCUGUAGGCUAGACGUCCAAAUAGAGAUGCAAUAACGCCGAAAGGGACUUUAAAAUCACUUGAAUAAGCUUACAACAGUGUGGACAAGCGGAGAGAGCAGGCUGUAGACCACCAGUUGCACUGAGAUUGAACAGAAACUAGACUGAAUGCCGAGAAACUGCCUCGUACAUCUAACACGUCGUUUCUUAUUGAGGGAAAAAUAAAUCAAAAACAAAGUACGCAUAAGUGCCACUUAGAACAGUCUAUUUAUUUAUUUAUUUAUUUAUUUAUUUAUUUAUUUAUUUAUUUAUUUAUUUAUUUAUUUAUUUGCAAAUUUAUUUAUUUUUUUCCAAAUUAAUCGAGUACUUUGUUUGGUAUAUUUGUUUAUUAUUUUGGUUAUUUUAAUAUUGUACAAAUAUUACUGGGUGUUUGUAAUGUAGUCUAUCGCGUAAACGACGUUACCAUAUGUGUUAGACUGUGACGUUCAAAUUUGUACAAAUACACACACAGCAAACCCCCCCCACACACACACACCCACAUACACACACAGUUAUUUAUUUAUUUGCUUUUUAUUUUUAUUUUUAUUUUUAAAGAUAUGACUGCACUUUUUGG